AUGGCUCUCUGUCAACCGGGGAUCAUUCUCCAAACCCUUGACUCGCAUUUACCAUUCCUGGAACUCCAGUUUCCCAAGGAAAGCAUGGAAGUAGAUUUGGAUUACGAAUACGAAGAGCCUGACGCAUCUGAUGCUAGGUUCGAUCCCUCUGCACUGGCAAUGAACAAGGAAUUAGAAAACCUAGCCAUGGAGGAUGUCGUAAAUCCAGAUGAAGAACAUAAGUCAUUCUUAUCCGGAGGCGAAGGAAAUAGAAAUGAACCUGUUCCUACAUCACAUGAGAGUGGCAAUAUGCAGAGUCAAAUAUUAGAAAUUAGAAAAGCAUAUUUAUGCGAACGAUCCUGA